CUCCGUUCCCACAGCCACUGGUGUCGGGUGGGGAGGAGUCCACAGCCGUGAGAAGCCCACCGUUGAGACAGGGCCACGUGCUCACCUUCGCUGCCGACAUCCCCUGGUGUCCCUCCUGCCAGGAGGUUGGAGACGGGCCAGGCCAGGCGUCUCAGGGUUUGCCGGCAGGUGCGGCUUGUGGAGGGUGCGGGACUGGAAGCUUUGCACCCCUUUUGCUCUUUGCACCCCCACCUGGUGUCCAGUGUCCAGUGCUGAGUAGGGGCCGCCGAGCAUGGGAGGUGCAGAGACGGUGACAGUGGACAUUUCCCUCCUGAGUGCAGCUCCUUGUGGGCCUGGGGGCAGGACGGUGGCUGGCCAUGGGGCCCAGCGUGGGCCGAGCGGGCACUCGGCGGCAGGGGUCUCUCAAGUCCGCUCUCGUCUCCGAAUGCGGUGGUCAGCAGGCAGAGGGUUCCUCUGCCAGGCUGUCAGGGCCAUCCCCUCAGCCAGGUGCUGCGCUUGGGUGGCCCGCCCCUCCACCUUCCCUUGUCCCCUGUGACCUCCCUCCCUCGGGGCUCAUCCGGGGUUCCCUGGCGGUGAGACUCUUGUAGUGGGAGUCUCCGAGGGAUGCUGUGUCUUUCGCAGCUUGAAGGCACUCCUGCCGCCCAUCUGGUGCCCACCUGCCGUCACCUGGUCACUCAGAAAGUGACGUCUAUGCAGUGUCUCCUCACUGAGGCCCUGCUCUCACUCUGCCUGAAAAGUGGUAGGGGGUCUUUGAGCCUGAAUCUUCUCUUCCUCAACAAAGCCUCCACUGGUGACUCCCGAAUAAAUUGUCACCGCAGUUACUAAGGUGGUGGUGACUCCUACUCCACACGAUCAGCUCACCUUCUUCUGGAAAGACACGUGUUCCUUUCUUACUCAUCUGUCUCCCUGUGGACUCGUGAGCUUCUGGGUUAUUCUGUCAAUUGUCAUCUGAUUCAUUCUGUUCGCCUAAUGAUAGUUACUGCUUAUCUUGAAGUUCUAGUUGCCCCCGGGGUGUCUAGCGGGGCCCCUUUGAGCUGGGGCCAGGCCCCCCUGCUCCAGUUCUGUUACCUUCCGGGCCCAGCCUUGGGUCAGUCACCUACUCACGCACCCUGGUUCCUCGUGGUGGAUAGUGCUGUAAGCUGGGACCUAGGCUGCCAGGGAGGCUUACUCCCAGGCCCUCUCAGUGGAUAGAGCUGGGGAGGGGGUGUGGAGUCCACAGCCACAUGCACCCACACGUCUUUAUCUCUUUACCCACCUCCUCAUAAGCAUGAGCUCACACUGACCCUGGUCCCUCAAGGGGGCCAGAGGCCCUGUCAGUGCCGGCGCGACCAUGGCCUCUGUUUUGUCCUUAUGAAUCUGCUUGUCACCCUCAUGCAGGGCCACGCCAGUCUUCUCCACGUCAUUCUGAUUUCAGUGUGUGUGCUACUGAAGCGAGCACUGUUGCGGCUUUCGUUUCGUGGUUCAGUUACCUGGGGGUUGGGAAGACACUUUGUCGCUGAGCACAUUCCUGUCUGACGGGAAUAUUUGCGUGUGGUCGCAUCCUCAGUGGCUGGCUUGGAAACAGCUCCUAUAGAGGGCUGUGGACAUGAGGGCAGCACUCCCUGGGGCCAGCGCGGGGCCUCACGCCAGAGUCCUUCCAUGUCGGCAGGGCCCUGUUUCCUGCUCUGCUUUGCUUGGGAUGAUUCCUGGGUUUCCCUUCUCUCGGGUGUCGUUCUCUAUCUGUCUUUUUUUUUUUUUUUUCCUUUUUCCUGGCUCCACACGGUGGUGCUGGGUUCCCAGGUCAGUCACCUGGCUGGCCUCAGUGCACACACUCGCUGAGGACAGACUUUACUAGAUUCCUAGUAACGUCCGUGAACCCUGACCCACAGACACACCUCGCUGCAGGGAGUUAGGAAAGGUCAUCUCCAGUGGAGACCAUGUGUCUGCUGCAGCCUGAUGUGCAGGGAGGAGAGAUGUGGGCGAACGCCUAGGAGUGUCAGCUUCCCCCUCACUCUCCGUGGAAAGCCCAAAGCGGUACUGUGGUCGAGAGACCCGCCGCGUUCCAUCAGCGACGUUAGUGGGGCGGUCUUGCUGAUUGCAUUCGUUUGCUCUGAUAGUUUGUGGGUGCCACUGGGUCUCAGGAUGGGUGACGGUGUGCCUCCAGAUCCUUGCUCCCUCCGGGUCCCUCACUGCCUCUUCUAGCCAAAAGCCCUGGCCAGGCCCACGGCGGCGGGCGUGGCGGGCAUUUGCCCUCGGACUUCACGCGAAUGGAAGUGGGUCUGAAGUCCUCCAAGUGGCUUGCUUUCUUUUUCAUUUUCCUUAAAUGGCAUUGAGCAGUGAACGUCCUCGCUGGCGGCCUGGGAGCCGUGUGCGCGAUGGCCACUGGGUGCAGCCGGCCACCCUCAGUGAUGCCUUUGACUCUGAUGUCUCGGAGCAUCUGUUUCUGUUAGUCAUCUUACCGGGAAGACAUCCGUUCUAAGCCAAAGAUGUUGACCAGAAAGAUUAAACUCUGGGACAUAAAUGCCCACAUCACCUGCCGCCUGUGCAGUGGAUAUCUCAUCGACGCGACCACGGUGACCGAGUGUCUGCAUACGUUCUGUCGGAGCUGCCUGGUCAAGUAUUUGGAGGAGAACAACACCUGCCCCACGUGUAGGAUCGUGAUCCACCAGAGCCACCCGCUGCAGUACAUUGGUCAUGACAGAACCAUGCAGGACAUUGUUUACAAACUGGUUCCAGGCCUUCAGGAAGCGGAAAUGAGAAAACAGAGGGAAUUCUACCACAAGUUAGGCAUGGAAGUGCCUGGAGACAUCAAGGGGGAGACCUGUUCUGCAAAACAGCACCUAGAUCCCCAUCGGAACGGUGAAACCAAAGCAGAUGACAGUUCGAACAAAGAGGCCGCGGAGGAGAAGCAGGAGGAGGACAACGACUACCACAGGAGCGAUGAGCAGCUAACAUACAGCGUAUACAGUGUGCUCUUGGCUUCGGGAGUAGAUUCCUGUGAUUCAUCACUUACAUACAACACCCAGUGCUCAUCCCAAGUGCCCUCCUCGAUGCCGUCACCCGUUUUCCCCUCCUGCCCACCCCUCUACCCCCACCAUCAACCCUCAGUUUGUUCUCUGUAUUCAGGAGUCUUUUAUGGUUUGCCUCCCUCUCUGUUUAUAACUUACUUUUCUGUUCCCUUUUCCAAUGGUCUUCUGUUAAGUUUCUCAAAUUCUACAUAUGAAUGAAAACGUAUGAUAUCUGUCUUUCUCUGACUGAAUUAUUUCACUUAGUAUAAUACCCUCCAGUUCCAUCCACGUUGUUGCAAAUGGCAAGAUUUCAUUCAUUUUCAUCACCAAGUAAUAUUCCAGUGUAUAUAUAAACCACAUCUUCUUUAUCCAUUCAUCAGUUGAUGGACAUUUGGGCUCUUGCCAUAAUUUGGCUAUUAUUGAUAGUACUGCUGUAAACAUUGGGGUGCAUGUGCCCCUGUGAAUCAGCACUCCUGUUUGGAUAAAUUCCUAGUAGUGCUAUUGCUGGGUCAUAGGGUAGUUCUAUUUUUAAUUUUUUGAGGAAACUCCACACUGUUUUCCGGAGUGGCUGCACCAGUUUGCAUUCCCACCAACAGUGCAAGAGGGUUCCCCUCUCUCCGCAUCUUCACCAACAUCUGUUGUUUCCUGAGUUGUUAAUUUUGGCCACUCUGACUGAUGUGAGGUGGUAUCUCACUGUGGUUUUGAUUUGUAUUUCCCUGGUGAUAAGUGAUGUUGAGGCAUCUUUUCAUGUGUCUGUUGGCCAUCUGGAUGUCUUCUUUGGAGAAGUGUCUGUUCAUGUCUUUGGCCCCUUUCUUCACUGGAUUAUUUGUUCUUCAGGUGUUAAGUUUGAUAAGUUUUUUUCUAGAUUUUGGAUACUAACCCUUUAUCUGAUAUGUCAUUUGCAAAUAUCUUCUCCCAUUCUGUCCGUUGCCUUCUAGUUUUGUUGAUUGUUUCCUUCACUGUGCAGAAGCUCUUUAUCUUGAUGAGGUCCCAAUAGUUCAUUUUUGCUUUUAAUUCCCUUGCUUUCGGAGAUGUGUCGAGUAAGAAGUUGCUGCAGCUGAGGUCAGAGAGGUUGUUGCCUGUUUUCUUCUCUAGGGUUUUGAUAGUUUCCUAUCUUACAUUCAUGUCUUUCAUCCAUUUUGAGUUUAUUUUUGUGUCUGGUGUAAGAAAGUGGUCCAGGUUCAUUCUUCUGCAUGUUGCUGUCCAGUUUUCCCAGCACCACUUGCUAAAAAGACUGUCUUGAUUCUAUUGGAUAUUCUUUCCUGCUUUGUCAAAGAUUAGUUGGCCAUAUGUGUGUGGGUCCAUUUCUGGGUUCUCUAUUCUGUUCCAUUGAUCUAUGUGUCUGUUCUUAGGCCAGUACCAUACUGUCUUGAUGACUACAGCUUUGUAGUACAGGCUACAAGGCUGGGAUUGUGAUGCCUCCAGCUUUGGUUUUCUUUUUCAACAUUACUUUGGCUAUUUGGGGUCUUUUGUGAUCCCAUACGCAUUUUAGGAUUGUUUGUUCUAGCUCUGUGAAGAAUGCUGGUGCUAUUUUGAUUGGGAUUGCAUUGAAUGUGUAGAUAGAUUGCUUUGGGUAGUAUUGACAUUUUAACAGUAUUUGUUCUUCCAACCCAUGAGCAUGGAAUGUUUUUCCAUUUCUUUGUGUCUUCUUCAAUUUCCUUCAUAAGCUUUCUAUAGUUUUCAGCAUACAGAUCUUUUACCUCCUUGGUUAGGUUUAUUCCUAGGUUGUUUGGGUUUGUUUUUUGUUUUUGUUUUUGUUUUUAGCAUUUAUUUCUUCUUGAGAGACAGAGCACAAGUGAGGGAGAGGCAAAGAGAGAGGGAGACACAGAAUCCGAGGCAGGCUCCAGGCUCUGAGCUGUCAGCAGAGAGGCCAACCAACGAACCGCGAGAUCAUGACCUGAGCCAAAAUCGACUGCUUAACUGACUGAGCCAUGCAGGCGCCCCAUUCCUAGGUAUUUUGUGGUUCUUGGUGCAAUUCUAAACGGGAUUGAUUCCUUGGUAUCUCCUUCUGUUGCCUCAUUAUUGGUGUAUGCCAAUUUCUGUACAUUGACUUUAUAUCCUGUGACUUUGCAGAGUUCACAUAUCAGGUCUAGCAGUUUUUUGGUGAUGUCUUUUAGGUUUUCCAUGUACAGUAUCAUGUCAUCUGCAAAAAGUGAAAGUUUGACUUCUUCGAACUGCCAAUUUGGAUGCAUUUUAUUUCAUUUUGUUGUCUGAUUGGCUAGGACUUCCAACACUAUGUUAAAUGACAGCGGUGAGAGUGGACAUCCCUGUUGUGUUCCUGAUCUCAGGGGGAAAGCUCUCAGUUUUUAACUGUAGGCCUUUCAUAUACGGCUUUUUUGAUGUUUUUAAUAUUAAAAGAAUUAUUCACCAUGACCAAGUGGGAUUCACUCCUGGGGUGCAGAGCUGGUUCAGUAUUUGCAGAUCAAUCAACGUGAUACAUCACAUUAGUAGAAGAAAGGAUAGAAACCAUAUGAUCCUGUCAA